AUGUGGCUUUGUAAUGCUCAGAGCGCCGUUUUGGUGGCACUGAUAAUACUCGUUGAACUGUCUACACAAAUUGCUGGGCAAGCUCUACCGAAGUUUGAAGGAUCCUUCUAUGCAUCUGGGGAAAUAUUUCGAAGUACCUUCGAAGUAGCUACUUCGGAAGUAAUUCCUCCGAAAGCGGGUUCUUCGGAAGCAGAUUCUUCAGACGCAGAUUCUUCGGAACCAGAUUCCUCGGAAGAAGAAGUGGAAGUUAAAUUGAAAGAAACCAACACCUUUGAGGAGGCAUACGAUGCAGUCGGACGCAAGGCCGCCCUUCGCAUUACCUUGGAUAAUGAGGUUAUCGUAUUUUUCGAAGAUUUGUAUACGAAGCAUAGAUUCGUGAUUCAUACUACAGAUGGUCACACAACAUGCAGACGUGCUGAUAAAAAGGACUGGGAAGCUAACAAGUAUCUGGUUACGGUACUUCGUGGACCCCACAAGAGAAAGUACACAUUCUUGCGAGACAUUUUCACCUUACAACGGAAAGCGAAAGUUAGGAGCAGGGUGAUUGAACUCGUGCGGGACAUGUACUGCAGGGUGUUUGAUCUGAAUAUCACUGACCCCCAAGAACGAUAUAUAAGACCCGUCGUUUACUGGACUUUGAAUGAAACAGUCCCAGAUGACCCAUAUGCUGUCCCAGUUACUGCUACUCCACCUCCACAAGCAUCAAGACCUCCAUCCGGAAUCACAAAUCUAAGAUCGGCCAUGAAUAUACCGAGUGUUAGGACACUUGCAGUUCCUUGGAGGGUGUACUACAUAAUUGAGGCGGCACCGUACACCACAGAAGCAAUGACCAUGAGAAUAUUCAACAUAGACUACAUCCGUCAGUCAUCCGUAAACGACCUUCUGGAGAUUCCAGAUAGAGUUUACUGUCCUGGGAAUUACUUCAAAAGAUGGCUUCCGCACCCCAUAUAUAAUAAUAUAAAAGUACUUCACUAUUCGGCACAAGUAUGGAAUUCAAAGACGAAAAAAUUCAGUGUUAUUAAAGCGUGGCUUGAUGUGUACAAACGCCUCUUUAGGCUGGAUUACACCCCCUGGUUUUCGAAGAAUCCGGAGCCAGUCACAAUCAUUGCAGUUGACACAGUGACUAAAGACACAGCUUAUAAUCGUGUUUACAAAAUUUCUAGUGGAGGUUCUAAGUGCAAGGCAAAAAAAAUAAGUAAACUUCAGUUUGACCCGCAAAUGAUUUUGUUGCCAUCGGACAUCUCACACUUGACGACAAAGACAUUUUUCACUGGACGCAGAGACGAUGCGAGGUUAACAUACACAAAAGUGAUUUUCAAGAGAGGAAUUCCAUGCCAUUUGUGGAGCAUGAAGAGAACAGAUUGGCCGCCUGGCCUCACAUACGUUGUCUCUCUAUGGCAGUGGUGCUUCAUUAAUAAGGAGUUUUUUACUGAUCCAUCUAAAAUCAUAUCCUCCCAGCUCGUCAGUCUUGACAUCAUUAUUGAAGAUGUCUACUAUAAAAAAAGCGAGAAGUACAGGCCUUAUGAAAAUGGACAGACCUUUUCGUUCUAUUUCUAUAAUGUAAACUCCAAUAUGAAUAAAUUAUCGGAAACAGAAGGCUUUGCUCCAACAGCGUGCUACAACACGAGUGAUAGAAAACAUUUGCGAAUACGCUUGUCACGGGAGUCACUUUCUGCUGAACAGUUGAGAGAGCCUGACUUCUUGUUUGCGGCGUGGAGCUCUGUUGGGAAAACCGGUAGCAUUUCGAAUCCCCGCUUGCGCAUCACCGAUUUUAAAGCGACUCAACACGGAAAAAAAAGUUUUUUCGAGUUUACACUUUGGGGAACGCUAAAGGACCUGAACAAGAAUACAACACACGGACGUGUUGACAUCGAUGCAGUAAUGGAUAAACUUGUGUGGCAUGCUGCAAAAGGAUCGUUUAAGUUUACUUACAACAAGGAGGAAUACACAAUUGAUAAGGUGUGCUAUACCUGA